CACCGGCGGCGACCUUCCCUGCAGAGACGUGGCAGCAGCAGAGCGACCCGGCAGAGAGUUGGUGAUCCGGAUUAUUAUUGAUUGUAUUAAAUACCGAGCCGAGCCGAGCCGAGCCGGGCCGGGUUUACAGGCACGCUUAUAUUCGCAUUACAUUUCACAAGCUUGCUUUUUUUUUGUUUUUAUUGUUGGUUGUUUUUCUCCCGGUGUAACCCUUGUGUUGAUAUGUCAGUGACGUGUUGUUGUAUUAUUGUUGUGUUUUUGUUUCUUUGUUAAUGUUGUUUCAGUUUUAUUGGAAGCGGCUCUACGCGUGAAGCCCUUAGAGAAUAUCAAGUGAAAUUUGAUUUGAGUGCAUUCUAGUUACUAUAUAGAUAGAUAGGUGUGGGGCGAGUUUAAUAUGGUUUAAUGUUGUUUAAUGUAUCUCUCUCUGUCUCUCUCGUGUUUUUUUUCUUGUAUUUGCUCAUCUUCAGCGCCCCCAGUGAUCAUGGGUCUGUGUAAAUGCCCCAAGAGGAAAGUGACCAAUAUCUUCUGCUUUGAGCACAGAGUGAAUGUGUGUGAGCACUGCCUGGUCUCCAACCAUGCAAAGUGCAUCGUGCAGUCGUACCUCCAGUGGCUGCAGGACAGUGAUUACAAUCCCAGCUGCACACUGUGCAGCACAGCGCUAGCAGACAAGGACACCACCAGACUCGUGUGCUAUGAUGUAUUUCACUGGUCCUGUCUCAACGAACUGGCCUCCCAGUUGCCCAGGAACACGGCCCCCGCUGGGUACCAGUGCCCCACCUGCCAGGGACCCGUCUUCCCCGCUGCCAACCUCGUUGGCCCCGUGGCGGCCGCUCUGCGCGAGAAACUCGCCUCCGUCAACUGGGCCCGAGCCGGGCUGGGGCUUCCGCUGAUCGAGGAACCGGAACCCGCGUCAGAACAGGAGUCACAUGACGUCACAGACUACACUGAUUGGUCAACUUUCAGCACCUCACCCGCUUGCCCCACAGAAGCCCCUUCCCAGUCCUCCCACUUCUCCCAUUCCUACAGCUCGAACCCAGUGCCCUGCCAGUCCCAGACGGGCUUCGGGGCUGGGCUGAAUAACGGGGGUGUGGAGGAGGGGCACUCCCAUGCCAACAUGAGCUGCAACACUGCGCUGGGAGACUCUGUCACUCUCCACACAGCCUCCUCUCCGCGGAAAGUGUACGACACGCGUGACCCGGGGGGGGCAUCAGUGACGCGGAUCGAUUUCGACGAUGACAAGUACAGGAGGAGACCCGCGCUGAGCUGGCUGGCACAGAUACUGAAGAGCCGCUCCGGGUCGAAGCGGACCCCACUCUCUCUGAAGCAGAGAGUCUUCUUCCUCCUGGUUCUCGGGGCGAUCGGGUUCUGCACCCUCAUCAUCGUCAUGUCCAAACUGGGGCGCGCCUCGGCCGAGAACGACCCCAACCUGAACCCGCUGCUGAACCCCAACAUCCGCGUGGGGCAGGAGUAACGAACAGCGCCCCCCCCACCCUCCCCUCGCCCCUCGCUCUGAACCCCGGGGUAUCAGAGUUGGGGCGAGACUAACUACACCCGCGAGUGUGAACCCCCAGAUCAGAAGAGGGGAGAGUGUAAUUCACAGCAGCCUUCGGUCUGAGCCGCAGCGUCUCUGUCGGGGGGUGCGCUGAGUCCGGGGUGCUGCCUGUGCUCUCUGGCAGCGGGGCUGGCUGCUGACUCUCGCUCGCAUCGGCUUGAAGUUUUUCUUUUUGUUUUGUUCUUGUUGUUGGCUGGUGUGUCACACAGCCUGCCGUGGCGUCAGUGGGGGCCUUUGUGAUGUUCCCUGGAUAUUUCAGGGGGGGGGCUCUCUCUCUCAGACGAACCAAUCAAAAAACAGCCAGAUGCUAUGGACUGAAUAAGUAAUUAAAAAAUAACAUUCUUUAUUCAAAAUGA